AAAAGUAAGAAAACUUUGCAACACAUUACCAUCCACAAACCUGACCUAUAUAUAUAUAUAUAUAUAUAUAUAUAUAUUAUACAACUUUUUCCAACACAACCUUAUAUAACUCUUGGUGUUUCAUCUUUCAUGCAAUUCCACGACAUGGGCAAAGACAAGUCUUCCUUGCUAACACGCCUAAAGAGGGCAGUGAAGAAGGUGAAGUUUCUGAUAGAUUUUAGCAUGAACCGGUGGCAUCUAGCUUCGGUGCUUGGCCGUGCUUCUUCGAGCAAACGAAUAAGCUUCAAUGACCAACCGGGCUUGAGGGCAGCUUGCGACGAUGAUACAAUAUAUUCUGAUGAAUCAGGAGGCUCUUCAUCAAGAUCAGGGAUUCAGAGGACUAUGAGUUUUCCAUCCGAAGAAGAUGUUGAUAAGAGAGCAGAUAUGUUUAUUGCUAAUUUCCAUCGUCAACUUCAGCUAGAGAGACAAAUCUCACUAGAGCUUCAAUAUUGCCGGGGAAAUAGCUUCAAGUCAAUCUCUCCUUGAUUGAUAAUUUUUUGGUUCUUCGAGUGUUUUUUUUUUGGGACUUUGAUUAUUGUUUGUUUGAUAGGGCCUUUGAUUUUUAGAAAAGGGGCCUCAAGUGUGAAUUUGCUGUAAGUGUUUUUGAUUUUGUAGUGCCUGUUGUAAAGUUCCAAGAGCUUUCUUUCCUUCUUUCUUUCAUUACUUGUAUAUAAUAGUGAGAAGGGCAUCAAUUCUUUGUAAAUUUUCCUUCUUCUUUUUGAGAAUAAUGUAAUUUUUUUUCCAAUUUAAUUAUAAUUUUAA